AUGGCGGCGAGGCAGGGAGGAACCGGCGUCGGCGUCGGCGAAAUCACGGCGGCCGCCGGCGGCAUUACCCCCGGGCACGGCGGCGCGGCGCACACGCCGGCGGCCAGCCCUUACCAGGUGCCACUUGAAAUAGAAGAGCAAGUUUACUCUCCAGUCUAUGGGAACAUUGCAGUCCGUGACAGUCGUGGUUGCUGCAGUGGUUUCACAGCCAGUUUCACAAAGAUUCUGUUCAUCAUGCACCUCAUUGCUUUCAUCGCCCUCACAAUCUUUCUUGGAGUCCAGGCUUCUUCCCACCCGAAUCCUACCUACAAGCCCUUCGCCCACUUCAUUCCGCUCGCCUCUUCUGUGAUAUUAUCUAUUAUCGCUGCCUGCUUUUGGACUAUCCUUGCUGUCACUAAUCCUGCAAAAGCCAUCAAAACAUCUCUCUGGACAGCUCCUGUUUCCGCACUUGGCUGCGAUGUAGUCAUACUCCUUGUCGGUGACGGCGAAGCCCUUGGCAUCGGAGUGCUCAUAGUUGUGAUCGCCAUUGCAGCGGCGCUGUACAGUUGUUGGGCCACUGGUCCGCGCCUCCAGCAUGCCGCCGCAGUACUUUCCACCUCUGUCAAUGGAGCACAUUUGCCCUUCAGUGCCUCUUGCCUGGUUCUUUUUGUUGUCCUUGCCGCGUUUGGCUACAUGGCCUUCUGGACAGUUGCCAUCAGCUGCAUUUCAGCUGCAGAAGGGCACUUCAUGGAUUUCCAUAUUGUCUAUGUGGCCGCGCUCCUGGUGAGCAUAUCAUGGACAAUGCAGGUGCUGCGUUACUUCGUCUAUGUGGCUGUGGCAAGGCUGGCACAUGCGGCGCUUGCCUACGGAGUCCGUAUGCCAGGUGGUGCCGUCGAAGCAUUCUGUGGCACGAUGUCGGGGCCAGCUUUUGGUGACAUAUGCAUGGGGGCUGUGCUUGUCCCGGUGAUUGCAGCGGUGAGGAGCUUCGCUCGAGCGAUCAACGCCCUGUCAGGGGGCAACGACGAGUUCCUUUUCUCAUGCUGCCAGGGCUGCUGCCUGACUGUAUCGGAGAAAUUGAUGGGACGGGUGAACCGGUGGGGCUUUGUCCAUGUCGGAGCGCGGGGGAAGGCGUUCUGUGUGGCUUCGCGGGAUGUGUGGUCCCUUUUCGUUCUCCGCGGGAUGGCGAAGCUUGUCGAUUCAGACCUCACCGGUUCCUUCUGCUUCCUUUCGGCUGUCACUGGAGGCGCCUUGGCCUCAUUGGUUGCUGGUUCAUGGGCACUGGCCAUGGAUAGGGAUCGUAAGGAGCUUGCUCUGCCAAUAUCGUUCUACUCAUUUCUCAUCGGUUAUUACAUGUGCCGGAUGAUGAUUGCGUGGCCACAGGCUUGCGUUGCGGCAUACCAUGUUGCAUAUGCAGAGAACCCCCAGAAUCCUCACCUGGGAACACUGAUACCAGACCACCUGCGGGAGCUCCAAGCACUAGCUGCAGACUGA